AUGCUUGGUUCGACCUCUUUUCCUUCCAUUCUUCCUUUCCCGACCCCGCGGCUGAGCACCGAGAGGCAUUCUAAUUCGUGGAGGAAUACUCUCGACCGGUGCCAUUCCGGUGCCAAAAUUUUACCUAAAAUCGCAUACGGGUCCCCGGCCGAACGAGCUGCUUCCGGCUCGUUCACAGCGGGCGAAACCCGGCUCGCCUACACUCAGCACCUUCACCACGACUGGGGAGGGAUUGGCAAGCGUGACUCGAUGUCCCACGCCGCCGCACCGAAGGUCCUGUGGCUGGUGCUAAGCUCGCGACAGCCUCAAAUGCGGAAUAUGCUUUUCCUUCUGCUCCCAGUGCUUUCCAGAAUGCCUCGCAGUCGCCCCCUGGCGGAGAAGAAGCUGGGAUGGUAUUUUUCCGUCUCCAAGCUUUUCCACUGCCGGCUACUUGGAUCGGCGAGGCGCCGGUGA